AUGAAUAACCAAGGAAUUACCUAUGCAGAACUCAGUCAGACUAAAGACUCAAAAAGACAGCAAAGGAAAGCUAAGGGCACUAAAAGUUCCACUUCGGUAACUGAGCGGGAAAUAACCUAUGCAGAAUUAAAUCUUCAAUAUGCUUCUCAGGAUCUUCAAGGGAAUGGCAAGACCUACCAGUGGAAAGAUUUACCUUCAUGUCCAGGGAAGCUCAUUGCUGGGGUCCUGGGAAUCAUCUGCCUUGUCUUGAUGUCCACUGUGGUCACAAUAGUUGUUAUUACCUCAUAUCACUGUGGUCAUUGUCCAAAAGAGUGGAUUACAUAUUCCAACAGUUGCUAUUGCAUUAGCACUGAAAGAAAAUCGUGCAACGAGAGUUUGUCAGCCUGUGCUUCUAACAACUCUACCCUGCUCUACAUGGAUGAUGAAGAAGAAGAUUUCAGAUGUUUCCAGAUUUUAUUAAAAGCUUAG